AUGCGCUAUACCCUGGCCGGCGUGGUCGGUCGAGUUAAGCAAAAUAUCGCCGGGCCGGUUGAGACAAGGGAUUCAGAGGGAGACAGAGUUGAAAUCUUGCGGGAGGCCUCUGGGCGGAUUCAUCAGGACUUCAUGGCUCGGCAAGAGGAAAAGUCAACCAUCCUGGACCCUUGGCACCAACAGGUUAAUCUGGGGAUAGCUUGCCGGAACUCGCAGUGCUGGGUAGUGCAACAGUUUGAAAGCAACCACAUCAGAUUCAGCACCCUUCCAUUUGUUUCAGAAGGGACACUUAGAUUGGCGGGUGAAUUUCAACAAGGGCUUGAAUUAGACGGAAUAGCUCUGUGGUACCACCCAUAUCCCCGCCCGUUGGGAUUGGGCCAAUUGGAUGCCACCUAUCAUUACGGCAACGGGCAACGGCCAAUUACCUUCCUUCGGCCUUCCCCUGAACCUGGGCAGUAUUAUCCCAGCCAGUUGGUCAGUUAUGCGUGGAGAAACGGCAUCGACCCUUACACUCUUGAGCCGGCAUUGGGCAGAAGUGCAGCGCCACCGUUACGGGUGGAGAUAGCCCAGUCGGCGGCAGUGCCCUGGACUACCGCCAGUCUGUGGCGUGACUCAGGAGCUUCUUUCGAGGUGGCAGCCGACUUGUCUGAGGUGGUCGGUAGAUUGGGUAGUGGUGUCUACACAGUCCAGGUUUGGGGUAAGAAGGACGGUGAAAAAGCACCCGUCGCCAACCAUUCGAUUUUUCCUGCAAUAGCGCAACGAACCCUCGCCCUGGGUGCGACGAUUGGAUCAGGUCGAGUAAAACCAAACCCUGAUAUAAUACCUGACGAAACACGACCAAAUUUUAUAGCGAAGCCUAUUUCGUAUAGAUGA